AUGUCUACCUGGUCAUUCCUCGAAGCCAUGCUUCAUUUUCCGGAUGUCCAAAAGAAGGCUCAAAAAGAGAUCGAUGACGUUGUUGGUGACCGAAUUCCCGUGUUCGAAGAUCUUGCCUCAAUUCCAUACGUGCGCUGCAUGAUGAAAGAGGUCUGGCGCUGGCGUCCACCAGUUGCGCUAGGACAUCCUCAUGUUACAACCAAGGAGAUCGAAUAUGGAGGCUACCGCAUCCCGAAGGGCUCGAGGAUCCGCAUAAAUUCCUGGGCUAUCGGGCACGACGCCAACCGCCACGAAGACCCCGAGCGCUUUUGGCCGGAAAGAUAUGCACAUGACACAACUACAACAAUGCAGAGUAUCAACUCCUCAGAUGUUACGCAGCGAGAUCACUUUGCCUUUGGCUCGGGAAGGCGCGUGUGUCCUGGCUAUCACGUUGCUGAACGCUCACUUGCUGUUUCUAUCAUGCGUAUACUCUGGGCUUUUGAUGUCAAGCCUUCUUCAACGGCAAAGCUUCCACUAGAUCCCUCGGACUAUCGCGGACAGCCUCCGGGAAACCCGAAUAACGAUUUACCAGUGAACCUGGUACUAAGAAGCGGGAAGAGCGAACUUGUAAAGAAAGCUUUCAAUGAUGCGUUGCAGGCUCGGGCACCUAUGGCUCAGCUCGUUACGUAA